AUGGUCGCCGAAGUUCCCAAGACCUGCCGCGCCGCUCCCGUCGUGGACCUUGGUCCCAACUACAAGCUCGUCUGCCGCGAGGACUACCCCGUUCCCGAGCCCAAGGAGGGCGAGCUUCUGUGCGAGCUCAAGGUGACGGGCAUCUGCCAGAGUGACCACCACUUUGUCUGCGGCGACUGGCGCAUCGCACCUGCCCCCGGCGUCGACUGUACCGGCCACGAGGGCGCGGGCUACGUCGCCAAGGUCGGCCCCGGCGUCAAGGGCUGGAAGGUCGGUGACCGUGUCGGCAUCACGCCCGUGGCCAAGACCUGUCACGAGUGCGAGUACUGCAAGGGUGGCUUCGAAACCCUCUGCCUGAAGAUUGAGUACAUUGCCGUGCACACCAACGGCACGUACACCCAGUACCCUAUUGUGGACGCCUCGUGGGCCAUCCACCUCCCCGAGAACAUCGCGCCCUUCAUGUGCUCGGGCGGCACGGCAUACACUGCUGUCAAGGCCACCGAGUGCAAGCCCGGCGACUACGUCUGCGUGUUCGGUGCUGGUGGUGGUGUUGGCCACAUGGUCGUCCAGUUCGCCAAGGCAUUGGGAUACAAGGUCAUUGGCCUGGACGUCGGCGACAAGUCGGCCGUGGCGCUCGGCGCCGGCGCCGAGCACUACAUCGACGUGACCAAGCACGAGGACCUGACCGCCGAGGUGGCCAAGCUCACCCCGCUGGAGCUCGGCGCGCACGCCGCCAUCGUCGCGGCUGGUUCGGGCAAGGCGUACGCCGCGGCACCCACCGUCCUGCGCCCGCGCGGCAUCGUCGUCGCUGUCGGUCUUCCCGCACUCGGCACUGCCGUCCUCGGCGGCGAGCCUGCCGUGGCGUGCUUCAAGGGUAUCCGCUUCCGCGGCAUCCUCGUCACCACCCGCCCGGACAUGGAGGAGGCGAUGAAGUUCCUCGCAGAGGGCAAGGUCAAGGAGCACGUCACGGUGCUUCCCUUCGCCGAGUUCCCGGAAGCGCUGGCACGCUGCGCCAACAGCACGGCAAAGGGUCGCCAGGUUAUCGACUUUAACAAGUAG